AUGGCUGAACAUCCCAUUAAACCCUGCGCCCGAGAGGGCGACGAGGCACAGGCCAGAAUCAGUGCAAGCAACCACGGGAAAAGAAGUCGAUCCCUUCCGGCCAGGCUUUGCUCUAACCUUCUCCCCCAGCGCCCCGGGACCGCAGGGGGUGAGGGAGCCGGCGGUGAGGGAGGACGGCGCUGGAACCGCGAGCCGGGCCGGAGGUCGGGCCGCCCGCCGAGUCGGCCCCGAGGCCGCUGCUCAAAACCUCCCGUCCGGGAACCCGCAAACCCACAAUUGCAGGUCAAACACCGCCCUGUGGAAACUCCUAGGGCCUCCCUUGGCCGCGGGCCGCCGGGCGGAGCGUUGCCGGGGAACGGUGGCAGGCCCGGCAGCAUGGCCUCCCCCGGCCCGGUGGCGGCCCCGGUGGCGGCCCCGGGCGCAGGACGGCCGGGAGAGGCGGAGAAGGCACUCGGCAGCGCGGCGGGAGGGAGGCGGCGGCCUCCCCUCUCCGCUCUCUCCGCCUUCAGCCACAUCCCGGCCGGGCGGGAAGGGCCUCCGGAGCUCAGCUACUUCCACCGGCAGGCCAAGACAGGAGAUGUUUCCACUUACGAUUCCAUAUUUAAAAGACCAGAGGGUUACAACAAAAAUCUUCACCGAUGUGACAGAGAACAUGCAAAGAGUCGUGGUCUUAACAUUAAUGAGGAGGAAAUGGCAAGACCUGUCACUGUUUUGUCAUCUUCAGAGUAUGGGAGACAUAUAAAUAAGCCUAUAGAGCAGCCGAUCAGAGACCACGCAAGGAUUAAUCACAUUCAGGCAGAAUUCUACAGGAAAAAUGGCAUCAUCUGCUUAUUGGAAAAGCCUUCUCCAAGCCUGGAUCCAUGCUAAAUCUCUUGUACAUGUCAUUACCAGCAACAUUUCUGUGGAAAAAAAAACCAUCUUGCACCAAAAAGCAAUAUGGUGCGUCUGCCUUUUUCUCUGCAUUUUAGUUAAUGAUUUGGAUUAAAAAUAGGAUGAAAUAGCA